AUGGACUCUGUCUAUCCAUAUAUAUCUUCUACUGGAAAUUUUCAUAUACGCGUGUCAGCUGAAUUCUUAUGGAACGAUGAAGAAGUAGAUGUUGAAUUUAAUAAUCUGACUGAUAAGAUUAGAGCAGGGAUUGUUUUUGCAGACCAUCUUUGGGAAUCUGUUGAGGCUACUGAGAAUAUAGAUGAGAAUGGUUCUCCUAUAGAAUUUGAUGACCGUGUUCUUGUUUCUGAAACUUCUUGUGAAGAUGGCAUCCCUGUUUCUGCAGCUUCUGGUUCGAGAAGGGGUAAGAAAACGCUACCUAACCAUGGUGCUGAAAAACACAAGAAGAAGAUUCUUUGUCAGCGAGUAGCAGCAGAAGCAAGACCAGGACGUCUUGAUGAAGAUACAAAGUCCUUCAUUCAAGAAAUGUUUCUUGCUUCUUUCUCUAACUUAGAGGAAAAGAUCGGGAAGAAGAUUGAUGAGAAGAUGGACUAG